UGCACUGGGCAUGGACAGGCUGGGCACAUGGCACCCACUGGGCAUGGACAGGGUGGGCACAUGGCCCCUGCUCCCAGGACUGGUGGGUGAGAGCAGUUGCUGGGACCCUCCUGCCCCUGAGCCCCCCACACAGCGUGUCCUCUGUGGGUGUCUGCAGGAGGAAAACUGCAGCCCUCACUUUGGGGGGCAGGGGAGGCUCUGGAAAGCCCCCAGAGCUGAGUGGGGAGCGGGAUUAGGGCUGGAGCAGAGGGCAGCAGGGGCCAGCAUCACUGCACGGGGAGAGCCAUUCCCGUGGUGAGGCCUUUUGGGAAGGAAAUGUUUGCCCAGAGGUGCUGCCUGCAUCCUGCCUGCACGUGGCCUGGCUUGCCAAGGCUGUGGGCACUGUGGGGGGAGCAGAGUGCUGCAGGGUCCCACUGCACCUGCACUGCCACCCAUGCCUCACCCUCAAUCACUGCAGCACGGAGGGUUCCCCCUCUCUGCUCCCCUUCUCGGCACCACCUCACCUUUGGCGUGGCUGGGGUGGCACUUUGGCCAGGAGCCAAGUGUGGGCAGCCCGACCACGACCUCCCCAGGAACUGGGACCCCCCCAGGAAUCAGCACCCUCCUGAGAGACUGGGGCUCUCCCAGGGAUUUCUGCAGGGCGGGGGCCGAGUGGGACCACUCCCCAGUAGCUCUUGAUGCCCAUCGGUGCCAGGAGCACGUGUCACCUGCCCAGGCACGGGCGGUGCCCGUUACUCUGGGGUGGGGCACUGGCACCCAGCACCUGGCAUCACCCGUGUGCUGACUGGGGAUGGGGCUUUGUGCCUGCUGGGGGGCCCUGGCACCUGGAGGGAGCUUACUGGGAGGUGCUGGGAUGUGGUGGGGCCCUGGGCUGUAGCUGCGUAAGCAUUUCGGGGGGGUCACCGGUGUUUAUCUGAGCGCAGGGCGAGGCGAUGACCAGCGCUAAUGAUUAACCCUGGGCUGAGCCAGAGGAUGAGGCCCCCCCUGCACGAGGGGCUGGGGGGCUCCGUGUCCCCCCCGUGCCCCCCACCAGCUCCUGGCGCCCGUGGCUCAGCCCAGGGAGCCCGGCAGAUGCUGCUGCUGCCUCCACCCCAGGAUGCCCGGCUGCUGUGCCAUCCUGUGCCCACCCGAGGCUGGGUCCGCCCGUGGCACAGCGGUGCCAGCGGUGUCUCCCUGAGCCAGGGGAGUGCGAGAGACCCAUCCUGGGAGGCUGAUGCUGCAGGGACCCCACGGGCGGGGUGGCACCCCUGUGCCAAGCGGGGCAGAACGACCCCCCCUGCCCGGAGCCGGCGGCGGGGCGGGGCCUCCCCACCUGCCCCAGGUGCUCUAUAAAGCUCAGGCCGCUGUCGAGCUGCCAGUUCCGGAUCCCUGCACUGGUGUGCCACCAGCUAACGGGAGAGCAGCCGCUGCCGAGCCCCGAGAGGCGCCGGGACCCCCCGGACAAGCCCCAUGGCGUUCCCUGCCUUUCUGCUGCUGCUGGUGCUGGGCACAGGUACCCGUGCCAUGACCACCGAGACAACCAUGGAGAUGGAAACCACUGAAACCACCACCGUGGAGAUGACCACGGAGACCACCACCGGGUUGCCAAAUAUAUUCCCCAAAAGCACACGGGCCAGCCGGCCCCAAACCUCUGUCUUCCCCUACGCCACUGCAUUCCCUGGCACAAACACCACGAACUUCCAGUUUGGCAACCACUCCAUGAGCAAUGCCACAUCCAAUGGCACUGUGGUGCCUGUCCAGAGCAGCCCAGCCGUCCCCCAUGCCAAUGCCACCUCAAACAGCAGCGGCUGGGUCCCCCCCUUUGGCACCAACAGCAGCUCUGCCGCUCCCACCACCGUGCACGGCAGCGCCAAAGGCAACGGGAGCACCAGUGCUCAGGUCUUUCCCACCCAGAUAACGUCAGAGGGCAGCACAGCUCCCACCCAGGGUGGCCCCAACCCCAGCAAAACCUCAGCCCAGCUGCCUGCUGCCGUCCAGCUGCUCGUCCGUGUCCCACUGUCCUUCCGCAUCAUCAACAGGAGCUUCAACGAGAGCCUGCGUGACCCGGCAUCGCCGGAGUACCGGAGCCUGAGCCGCACCGUGCUGACCAUGUUCCAACACGUCUUUGGCUGUGCGGGCUGCAUGGGCACGCAGACCUACACGGGGUGCAGCGAGCUGCAGUACAGCCCAGGCUCGGUGCAGGUCCAGUCCACCCUCGUGUUUGGGAAUGGAAGCGAUGCUGUCACCGCUGACGCUGCUGAGCAGCGCCUGAGGAAGAGCCUGGACAAGAACGGCUUCAUCAUGGGCCUGCAGCUGGACAGCAUCCAGAGCUCUGCAGCAGUGAUAUCCCCAGCCCCAGCACCCAUGAUCCCGGACUGGGCCAUCGCUCUCUUGGUGCUGGUCAGCAUCCUGCUGCUGUUCACCAUCUUCACCUGUCUCCUCCUGAUGUCCACCUGCACCUGCCGCCGGAAAAGCCGAGGCAAGCUGGACCUGCUGAGCCAGAAGGACUCCUACCACCCCAUGGCUGAGUACCUGCAGUACCAGAGCCACGGGCGCUACGUGUCCCCCAACAGCAAACCCAACCCCUACAGCCAGGUGGCCGGCGGCAGCACCACGAGGUCCGGCACCUUCACCUACACCAACCCCGCCGCCGGCUCCGACAACCUGUGAGGGGCGCGCUGGGAAGGAGGGCGGCUGCCGAGGGGAGGGGGCGGCCGCAGCCCCCCGCCCCCGGGAGAGCAGCGCAUCCCCCGGCGCUGCUCGGCCCCUCGGGGGGCAGCGGGAGCCGGGCGCUUCUGGAGCAGCCGGAUUCGCGCAGGUGACAGAACGGGAUGAGCGGAGACCGGCGGCGGCGAGGGAGGGUCCCGCACGCCCCGCGGUCCCCGCACUCGCUUGGCUUUGCAACCCUGCUCCGUGCCGGGGGUGGAGGACGGGGGUCGUGCUCCCGCUGCGAUUCCAUGGCUCUUUUUGUGGUGUUGUUUUAUAUAAAUAUCUCUGUUUGCGGGGUGUUGGUGCCGGGCUUGGCUCGGCGGGGUGGCAGCUCCUCGGCCGGGCUGUAUUUAUCACAGAUAAAAUAAAAGGAUGGGGGCAGCCGUGUGUCCCCAGGGCUGCGC